AUGAUGGUGUUCGCGGACCCCAAACCUGCGACCUGCCGGCAGAAGACGGUGGAGGUGAAGGCAAAGUGCACGAAAUGCACCCUCUACUUCUGUCCUCGGUGCUUGGAGAAUCGAUACAAGCAGUUUGUGGCUGAGGUCAAUGCUCUGGGAGACUGGCAGUGCCCACGCUGCACCAGCAUCUGCAACUGCAGCAACUGCCGCAAGAAGCAAGGGCUGGAGGCCACCGGGAUCUUGGCCUCCGUGGCCCGCACGGCCGGCUUCGAAUCUGUGUCGGAGCUGUUGGCCAAGAAUCCCACCGCCAAGGGCCUCAGCAUGCUCAGUGCGGAGCGGCGCAGGGAGGGAAGCGGCGCGGCGCCGGCCGUGAAGAGGGCCAGGACCGGGGCUGCUGCGAUGACCGCUGCCACGCCAGAACUCCUUGUCGACACCGAGCUGGGGCCCCGGCCCGAUCCCCUGCCGCUGCUGGAGGUGCUGGAGUUUGUCGAGGCCUUUUCGGGCGGCCUGAAGCUGCGCGGCCUCUCCACCCCCCUCCUGGCCGCCGAGCUGCUGCUCGCCACGGCCGCCACGGCCCCCGACACCCUUUCCUCCCAGUGCGCCGCGUUGCACUGCCGCCUGCUCGAGACGUACCCCGCCGGGGGGUACUGGGGACUGGCGGCGGAGACCCGCGUCGCCAUGCUGCAUGCGCUGGUGCACGACGCGCUGGACACCUGGCGCUUCAGGGAGAUUAUUGAGAAGAAGAUGGAGGUCCAGGCAGAGGAGAGCAAGGAGCGCAAGGCUGAGCUGGCACAGGCGAGGAAGGCCACGCGCGCGGCCAUCCUGGCUGCGCGCGACCAAGAAAUUGCCGUGCUCGUUGCCAGUUGCGAUGGGAGGAGCAUGACCCUGGAGGAGCAGGCAGCGCUCGUGGCAGAGGCCCGGGCUCGUGCCGAGGCUGCGGCUGCGGCCUCUGGAGCAAGCAGCUCGCAGCCGUCAGAGCCGGUCUACCCCUUCCAAGUCCGUGCCAGGGUGCUCGGCGUGGACAGGGAGGGGCGCAGGGUGCUCCAAACAGCCUCUGGGUCCAUGCUGGUUGACCCCGGAGUGCAUGGCGCCGUGCUCCUGCACUCGCUUGGGAAUGCAGAGCAGGAAACCUUUGCGGGGUGCGCCGACGUGCCUGGACUCAUGGCCUGCAUGGAUGCGCGGGGCAAAAACGAGAGCGCCUUGCUGCACAGUUUGGCUCGUGCUUUCCACCUUCCCCUCCCUGGACAAGAAAUGGUGGGGGCCCCGGCACGACUGCCCGCCCGAGUGGACGACAUGUUUGCCAGGAAAGAGUCGCUGAGUGAGCGUUGA